AUGAAAUUUGGUAAAGACCUGGAAUCGCGACAAUUGACGUUGCCCGAGUAUAAUGGCCAUUUCAUCGAUUACAAGGGCCUGAAAAAGCUCAUCAAACAUCUCUCGGGCCCCCCACUGCCGCCCACGGUGGAGGCGCCCGAAAUUGACCAGACACACGUUUACCAAGUGCUGCAGGAACACAGGGCAUCAUUUUUUUUCAAAGUCGAAAGAGAGCUGGAAAAGGUCAACGAGUACUAUCUGGAGAAAGAGGCAGACAUGCGCGUGAAAUUUGAUAUCCUGAUGUCUCGGUACCAAGACUGCGUCAAGCGUGGAAAGCUGUCUUCCAAGUCCACAGUUGCAUACAAACAGUUGCGUGAAGGUGCCAAAAAAUACGAGCGGGAUCUAUCGCAUCUGGAGCAGUUUGUGGAGCUCAAUCGCACGGGGUUUUCCAAAGUGCUGAAAAAAUGGGACAAAAGGUCACAUUCACAAACAAAAGACUUCUAUCUGGCCACCGUAGUGUCCGUACAGCCUGUCUUCACGCGCAAUGAAGCUUCCAGGCUCAACGACGAAGUUUCCGCCAUUUUGCUGGAACUCAAUACCAUCAGCACACAGGAAGACUUUUAUCCGUAUUCAUCAUCGUUCGCGUCGCGUUCUUCGUACCCACAACUCACGGAUCUCUCCAAUAUUAGUGCGCCUUCCCGAAUGGCCUCCACGAAUUUGCUCCCAGCACCGGGCGUUGACUCUAUUCAGCCGGAAUUCAGUACCGGUAAUUUUGAUAUUAGCAUGGAGAUCGAAACUUGGUACCUGGAAGCCCAGAAUAUUGCCAAACUGAAAGACGAGGAACCGCGUAUACGACUUUUGCGUCAGUUCGCAGCUGAAAAAAUACCAAAUUUCAUCGAAAAGACGGUACCGAAAAGGCGAAUCGACAAAGACGUGAUCAUGAGAGAUGCGCUCACAAAAGUAUUUCUGCUACUGGUCAGUAGUUCUAUCGAUGAUACUUCACUCAGCGUUUUUUUAAAAGCAGCCGCACCAAACAUCGAUUUUUCUUAUGCCGAAGAAGACGAGGCCGUGUUUUCAAAACGUAACAUAUUUCAUGAGGCCGCGAGCUGCGAAUCACACGCUAGAAAUUUUGUGCUACAAGAAGCAAUCGAGCAGUGUCGCAACUUCACUUUACCACAACAGGUUCUUAAGAAACUUUUGAAUGCUCAAGAUGCGAACGGACGCAUUCCACUACAUUACGCAUGCGAUCUGGGGAAAAAGGAGUUUGUUGAGCUACUGAUGAAAUCUCUACUGCUGGAUUCGGUAGAUGUGGUGGACAAUGACUCCAAAACCCCCCUGGUUCUCGCUGUGAGUAAAAAUUGCAUUGAGAUAACGGAACUAUUACUAAAAUCUCAGAUAGACAUUUCAACAGAGGCCCCUGAAUCUAAAAGACCUCAUUUCAACCCUCUCAACGUGGCCUGUGCCUAUCUGAAUUACGAGGCUGCGGAGGUAAUACUUAAGUUGAGUAAUACUGAUCCUACAUCCGUACGUGAUACGCAGGGAAGAUGCCCUUUACACAUAGCUGCAAAAAAUGGUGGGGACUCCAAAUUAAUAGAGCUCCUAGUCUCCCACGGUGCAAACCCGAACGGCGUUGACGGAUUCAAUGGGUGGACCCCUGUAUUUUACGCCAUUCAGGAAGGCCAUCGUGAAACUGUAGCUGGCCUGCUGAAUUGUGGUGCUCGCUUAGAUAUAAAGGAUGAGGACAAUCUCUCACCCUUUUUUUAUGCUCUUUGGGAAGGUCACUUGAGCGUCAUCAACCUUUUGAAAGACCAUCUCAAAGCUGUUGCCUCCAAUCUAGAGCCAAUCGUUAGUCCCUUAAAAUCAAUACUCGAUCCAGUCGAUUUGCUCAGCCCAGAAGAUUCUUUGAACGGUAUUCCGGACUUUACCUUACCACCUCCCAUCAUACCAUUGCGCAAAUAUGGUCACAACUUCUUGGAAAGAAAGAUAUUUGUUGAGAUUGGUUUUUCCCCUGGGACUUCCUCGAUCGUGCUGAAUAAGGAAGACGAAAUGGUGCUGUCAUCACCUGGUCGCGUCACGCUCACAUCGAACAUCUCUGAUAUCAUUCCAAGAAAUAUUCUUUUGCCCAUUAAAGAUGAUGAAGAGAGUUUUGUUAUUUUCCAAGUUGAUUCUCUGGACAAGUUUUCUAUCGAUUUUGAGAUCUUCCCGUCAUUUGGUACCAGGAUGAUUGCAAAGACUACUGCCCUUUCGUCUCAAUUUCAGACGUUUCAAUCAAGUCCCUCAAACAAGGGCGAUUUUGUUCUCCCGUUAUUUGAUGGUCGCUUGAAAAACGUAGGUCAACUGAAUCUCAAUUAUAGAAUGGUUUUUCCAUACAGUGGAACACCGCUGGAUGUCACGAAGUAUGAAACUUACUGGAAGUCUACUAUGAGUAAUGAGACUGGAAAAAGUGGAAAUCAGCUCAUCACAUCAUCUUCUUUGUCAGGUCGCUACAUCAACUUUUUCGUCACCAUUUUGAAUGAUGGUACCAUAGUCGUUGCUCCAAACAAAACCAUAGUCGUUGGUCCUAUGGAUUUAAAAUUGCUCGACUUGGAUUCGGCUCAACUGGAGAGCCUUGUUGGCUAUACUUUGAGCGGCUCUUCGGGAGAUGCUGAGGGUUUGAGCUUAGAAGAGUUGCUUGCUCAACGCUUUAUUACUUUAGAUGCACUGUUGAACAAACUACCAUUGGACGCGCAUCUGGACAUAGAAGUUUGUUUUCCCACGGAGUGCGAGUUCAGGAGCAUUCCUUUGAAACUAUCACCUCAUAUCAACAUUAACACUUUUAUUGAUGGAAUUUUGACGUCAUUGUUCGCACACGUCCGCGACAGACCCUUUGGUGGGCACUUAUCGUCAAUUGUUUUCACCUCGCGCAAUGCCGAUGUCUGCUCAAUAUUGAAUUGGAAACAACCUAACUUUCCAGUCCUAUUUUACAUGAAUGGAUUGAGAAACGAAAACAAUAUUCUGGUCAAAGACACGCCUCACCAUCUGUCGAAGUUAGCAAUCAACUCGUAUACUGUGGAUUUUGCAGACCCGUGCUCUCGAAGUGUUCGUGAAGCUGUAAACUUUGCCACUUAUAACAAUCUUCUAGGUGUCAUCAUUCCGUUAGACCUACUACGCGCCAGCCAACAGCUAGUAAGUGAAAUCAGAGCACGCGGACUUUUGCUCAUCGGCUCUACGUUGGAAGGGGACCCGGAUAACCGUGUUGUGAACUUUUGCGAUGACGAUAUCAAUGGGCUGAGAGUACGAGAUUAUCUAGAUUUCAGAGGAAACAUUGACAUGUAG